AAUGAGAAGUUUGAGAUGAUGGAACUGAACGACCGCUUUGCCAGCUACAUUGAGAAGGUCCGCUUCCUGGAAAACCAAAACAAGGUCCUCGCCACCGAGCUCAGCCAGGUCAAGGGGAAGGAGCCCAGCCGGUUAGGGGACAUGUACCUGGAUGAGAUCAGGGACUUGCGUCAGCAGAUGGACCAGCUGAACAGUGCCAGAGCCCGCCUGGAGAUUGAGAGGGACAAUCUCCUGGAGGAUCACAACAACCUGAAACAGAGAUUACAGGAUGAGAUCAAUCUGCGGACAGAGGCUGAGAACAACUUAAAUGCGUUCAGACAGGACGUCGAUGAAGCUGCUUUGAUACGGAUUGACCUGGAGCGGAAAAUUGAAUCCCUGCAGGAUGAGAUUGACUUCCUAAAGAAGGUCCAUGAUGAAGAAAUGCGGGAGCUGCAGGAUCAGUUACAGAUGCAGCAAGUCCAUGUCGAUGUGGAUGUAUCGAAGCCGGAUCUCACUGCUGCCCUGAAGGAUAUCCGCAUUCAGUACGAGUCUGUUGCUAGCAAGAACUUGCAGGAGGCUGAGGAGUGGUACAAGUCUAAGUUCUCAGAUCUGACUGAUGCAGCAUCUCGGCAGGCAGAAACCCUGCGCCAGGCCAAGCAGGAGAUGAACGAUUACCGAAGGCAGAUCCAAUCCCUCACGUGUGACCUGGAGGGCCUGAAAGGAACGAAUGAGUCUCUGGAACGUCAAUUGCGUGAGAUGGAGGAACGUUUCAACUUUGAAACGAGUAAUUACCAGGACACGGUUAGCCAGUUGGAGACCGACAUCCAGAACCUGAAGGAGGAGAUGGCACGGCACCUGCAGGCUUACCAAGACUUGCUCAACGUCAAGCUGGCCCUGGAUAUUGAGAUUGCCACCUACAGGAAGCUGCUGGAAGGAGAGGAGAACAGGAUUUCAAUGCCUGUCCAGAGCUUCUCAUCUCUGCAAAUCAGAGAGACAAGCCUGGAAUCUAAAGGCUCCACGGACAUUCAGGCCAGAAGGAAUAUUCUGAUAAAAACAGUGGAAACAAGGGAUGGACAGGUAAUCAACGAGACCAGUGCAGAACGUAAGGAGAUGCCAUGA